GGCGAGCGAGGGAGUGUAGGAGAGAAGGAUAGGGUCCCACAAGAGAGUACCAGCCUCACACACACACAAACACAUACAUACACAUUCACGUCGGCUCCCCUGUUGUACUUUGUGGAAUAGUGGAUUACUUUCUAAACUGAGCCACUCAUUGAGCAAAUCCAGGCAUGAUCAGGUGGCAGCGUGUCAAAGCGGUGUUGAACUGUGAAAUGAACCAUGGAGGGGUCCGGGAGGCCAGUCACUAGCCGAGCCAACAGCCGCAGGAGAAGCAGUAGCCCGGGGAGGCCCCGCAGCAUGCAGCUGGGCCCUCAAUAGCACCAAGUGGACCCGGUCCUCUCCUCUUCACCUGGGGCCAAGGCUGCAGAAUGCUCAGUCCUGUCACCCCAUACAGUUUGUUGAAGAUGCACUGGUCCCCGGAGCACGCCGCCCCCUUAUCUCAGUGGCCUGAGCAGCACCUAGAUGUCACCUCUACCACCUCACCACCGUCUGCCCACAAACACGACCCCUAUGCUACAGCUGCUCGCCGCAGCUAUGCCCCUGCAGGUUAUCCUUGGGCAAGUGAUGACAUCUCUGCCCUUACUGCUUCUUCUCUGCUGAAACGCUAUGCUGAGAAGUACUCAGGCUUGGAGCUGUCCUAUGAACGCCCUCCUACAGGGGCAUACUCAGAGCCUGGAACUUUCCUAAAAACUGAAUCUGAGCCAUGGGCUCUGGGUCAGGGCAUGGAGUGUUACCCUGGACUAGAAGCAUUAACUGGCACAAAGGUCGGCUCUGCAUCAGUGGGCAUCCCAGCCACAGGAAGUGUGACAGUAGUGAGCAGUAACUUGGCCUCCGAGCCAGGCUACAGUGGCGCUGGCUCCUGCAGUACCCCAUCAUCUCAGGAAUAUCCUCCUGCCUACAACAGCACCUACCUGUCCUCAGGAUACUGCCCUCAGUCCAGCGCAGCACUUCCGCCUGCCCCCCUACACUCUUUGCAGGCUGCACCUACUCUUGUGCCCAGCUACAGCGCCAGCACUCCAGUCUACAACUACCCUCCAGGCUGCUAUCCCCAAACCAGCCUGUCGUCUGGAUACAGCCACCCCAGUGCCUCCUACCUUCCCCCUGGGAUUAGUGCCCCCACUCCUCUGGCCCCUAGACCCACAAUGGUGGGGGGCAGUUACAGCUACCCAUCUCACAGCCUUGGAGGGAGCUCCGAUGGAGGGGUGCCACUGAAACGUAAGGCCUUUGAGAUGGCAGAGGAAGGACAGGAGGCUGGAGAGGUGGAGGGAUCACGCUACAGAAAGUAUGGCAAUGGCCAUGGAAACAGUCAUGGCAAAGGGCACGGUAAUGGCUACGACAUGAGCGGUUCGGCCUCUGACCCACAGGCCUACAAACCAGGAAAGCCCAUGAUGUCACCCCCUUAUGGCGGGGCAGGGGACUACAGCCCACCAUCAAGCCUAGCAGGAGAGAGCGUGUCAGGGGAGCACAACUUUCCUCAGCAACAGAGAAUGUCUAUGAAGAUACCCGCAUCGCACACACGAUCUGAGGACCCCACUGCAGGGCGCUGACAACACUGGUUGGACAUGAGAGGAUUCUUGCGCUCUUUGAAACCAACCAGGGUUCUCAAUCAUGACAGACUUGGGGGGAAUAAAGUUGGAUUUGUCAAUGAAAGGUUUAGUUUCACUAACAGACACAAGAGGGCACAAGACUGGGAUUUCUUGUGCAUCUUUAACAUUUUCAUUAUUAAUGUUUUUCCAAAGAUUCACAGGGGCAUUUUGCUCCGUAAGGUUAUGGUAAGUUUUAGGGGUUAAGGUAAGGCAUUCUAAACAUAACUAGCGUUAAGACAGUCUAAACAUGUGAGUGUCUGUUUCUCUCAGGAUCCUAUUUAUUUCCUCUCUGCUACUGCGGCAGCAGCACUGCAAUGUUGCUGCUUUAGAAAUUGGUGUAAUUAUUUGUGGCCAUUAUGUAUGCAAAAGGCCUUUGACUGCAAUACGUUCUACCACAAAAAUCAUUACCGACCAAAAAGUAAGGAGAGCAAUAACUGAAAUGGUGAGGUUGCCAUAGUACUUCAGCACAAUCACUGCUUCUUUACACAGCUCUCUAAGUCUCUAACUCUAAGGCUCGGUCUGUCACCUGGCCUCGAGAAAUGAAUGUUUUCCUGCUCAGCACUCGCUUUCCCCCCAAACUUGACUUGUCUUUUCAGUUUCCUUAACCUCUUCUUGUCAUGGUCUUUAUCGUAUUCUAUCCUCGGGUCCUGCUUCUUGUUCUCAACCUUUUUCAUUACUGAACAACUUUUUAUUUUUGUCCAGUUUAUACAUAACAAGCUGCUUAUCAAAUGAUUACAUAGUAUACAUGAAGCCGCCCUCUAAAAUAGUUUUGAUGUAAAGAAAGAGUGGGGAAAUGAAUCGAAGAUUUUAUGUUCAUUUGUUCAAACGUAUUAAGCGUUCACUCAAUGACAGCAUAUAUGCAGACAGUCUUCAAAGCGUGUUGUUUACUUGCAGAUUUCUGCUGAUCCUAAACCUAGCAGGUAUAUUUUCAAAAAAUCUGUGAAUAACAGUGCAACUUACACCUUAAUACUCAAAGUAAAAAGAAGUAAUGACUAUACAAAUCAACCAAUCAACCAAAAAUCAAACAGCAAUGUAGAAGUUUGCAUACUGCUAACAUUCACUCAGAGAGGCUUAAAGGCACGUAAGCCUGUUUUUAUUUUCUGUUUGGAUGCACAGCCCAGACUGAGAGGCAUACAGAUCUCAAUGGAGGAUAAAUGCUUCUGAGUGCCUCAAAUAAUUGUCGCUUAACAUUACAUUCUUGAUGAAGAUCCACCUGCCCGUCUGCAACAGGAUUUACUUUUUUUUAAUAUGCAUUCUCUUUACUUUUGCCUCUCAAAAGGAUGAUUUAUAGUCAUGUUAUUGAAUACUCAGGAAAAAUAUUGUUACCUCAGAAUGAUAAAAUAAGAAUGUAUGUUAUUACCUUAGGGUGUUUGUAGGGAGCUUUAUGGAGCAAGAUGAAAACAGAGCCAUGGCUUUUAUUAAGAGCAAAACAUACUCUGAACACUUCAGGGAAACAAUGAACUUACAAGGCCUUUGAUACUAGUAGAAAAUGCACAUACACACACAUGCAUACACACACACACACACACACACACACACACACACACACACACACACACACACACACACAC